UCCGGUUAUAUGCACAUGUGUUUGUUUUGAUUUUGUUUAAUGAUGAGAGUUGUUGCACUUAUUAGUGGUGGCAAAGACAGCUGCUACAACAUGCUGCAGUGUGUUUCUGAGGGUCAUCAGAUUGUGGCGUUAGCCAAUCUCAAACCUCAAAACAAAGAUGAAGUGGACAGCUACAUGUUUCAGACAGUUGGUCACCACGCUAUUGACGUCUACGCAGAGGCCAUGGGGCUCCCGCUCUAUCGAAGAACUAUAUCGGGAUUCUCAAAAGAGAUUGGCCGAGACUACAGGCCCACUGUUGAUGAUGAAGUGGAAGACUUGUAUGAGCUGUUGAAAAUGAUCAUGGACGAAGUUAAGGUAGAAGCUGUGUCUGUGGGAGCCAUCCUUUCUGACUAUCAGAGAGUGCGAGUUGAAAACGUGUGUCAGCGAUUGAAUCUCACAUCAUUAUCAUAUCUGUGGCGCAGAGAGCAGGAAACUCUUCUCAAGGAAAUGAUAGACUGUCAUAUAGAAGCUAUUAUUAUUAAAGUAGCUGCACUUGGUUUAGAAAUUGAUAAGCACUUGGGGAAAACCUUGGAGCAGAUCUACCCACACAUGGUCAAAAUGAACAAGACCUAUGGACUCAAUGUUUGUGGUGAAGGUGGUGAAUAUGAGACGUUUACCUUGGACUGUCCUUUAUUUGUGAAGAAAAUUGUUAUUGAUGAGAUGGAAACAGUGAUUCAUUCAGAUGACGCAUUCGCUCCAGUUGGCUAUCUAAAUCUACACAGACUGCACCUAGAAGACAAACCCAUUAUGACCAAUACAGCUGAAUACAUCAUGUCUUUGCCUUUAUUGAGAAGUUCAGAUCUUCUCUGUGAGUUACUCACAGACGAGGAAGUAAAGAAUCUCUCGGACAAGACAGUCAGUCCUUCUUUAACACACUGUACGAAUAUGAAGGGAACAUCAGAGGUCACUUCCAAAAAGACAGGGAACUGGUCUUAUGUAUCUGGUCUCCUGGCAGACUUGGAAUCCAGUCAGAGUAUUGAAGAGGCUACACAAACAGUGAUGGAAAGAUUGGAAAAAACUGUAGAACAACUGGAAUGUAGGAUGCAAGAUAUUGUGUCUGUAUGUCUCUACGUUCACUCAAUGGAAAAUUUUGCUGCAAUCAACUCGGUUUAUAAGAAGUUCUUUGGAUUUAAUCCUCCUGUCAGAGUAUGUGUUCAAGUGUGCACCCCUCCCAAUGUUGUCGUGAUGUUGGACUGUUGUGGGUGUGUGACAAACCAGCUAGAAUCUACCAUGCACGUACAGAGCAUUUCACACUGGGCCCCAGCCAACAUAGGACCUUACAGCCAGGCAUGCAAGAGAGGCAACAAGAUCUACGUAGCUGGUCAGAUAGCUAUGGUUCCUGCUACCUUACACAUAGUUAGUGGAGGUAUAACUGCACAGUGUCGACUAUCUCUGAGACAUACAGCACGGAUCCUCAAAGCUAUUCAGACUGAGUGUGCUUUAGACCGGGUGCUUGUCGCAGUGUGUUAUGUGACUGACACUACACUGGUUGUCACUGCACAGGAAGAAUGGAUCAGAGCUGUGUCAAAUUGCACGAGAAGUUGUGAGUUUGAAACGUGGAGACCACUAAUUCAAGUAGUUGUAGUUCCAGCUUUGCCAAAAGAUGCACUAGUAGAGUGGCAGGUAUCAGCGUAUGGAGGAGAUCAACAACUCCAGGAACAAUUUUACGAAGACACAGUUGAAAGUUCUGCAGUGUCACUCCGCUGUCGUUGUACAACAGAAGACCAAACAGUGUUUGCAUGUAUAGCAUCUUUAGAAUGUUUAAAGCUGGUAGAAAAUGCUGAUAGUUACAAGGAAUGUUGGCGACAUUUGUUUGAAUGUUUUGACAAACUUCUCACCAAGACGCUGUUCAGCUGGUCUGAUAUUCCAUUCCUAAGAGUAUUUUACCCAGCCAGUCACUUUACAUAUGACUAUCUUCAUGCAGCUAUAUCCGAGUGUUUAACUACAAUGCCUGGAGUGGACAAUGCACCAUUGUUUAAUCUCAUACCUGUCGUGCAGAUUGGUUGCGAUGAAAAUAGAAUGGUGUCAGUUGUGUGUUGCUAACGGGGAUUUCACUGAACAUGUGUUGCAGGUGGAUCCAAUACAUGAACAAAAUCCUGUGAAAGUGCUGUGGAUAGAUUUAGUCUUGUUUAUUGGUGUGUGUGUGUGUGUGUGUGUGUGUGUGUGUGUGUGUGUGUGUGUGUGUGUGUGUGUGUGUGUGUGUGUGUGUGUGUGUGUGUGUGUGUGUGUAGUGUUCGAGAUUAAAUUUUUUGGG